AUUUUCCAGCAAAUUCUGUGUUUGGUUCUGAUUUCCAGAAUCCACAGAUCUUUGGCGUUUUAUUUCAAGGCGUUUGAGUCAGUUGUGUGUUGUUGGUAUUGCUGAUAAGAUGGAUUGGCACAAAGCGGUAACAGCAAAGAUCAAUAACCUCUCACUUGAAUCUUUAUCGGUUAUAACUCAAGUCUCUGGGAACACUGCAAUGUCUCUACUCCUUUUUGGAAUUGAAACCCUAAUGGAAAAGGAGAUAAAGUGCCCCUGUGAGCAACAUUUGAACCUCUACUACAUCUUAGUAACAUUCGUUGUCCCCGUAAUUGUGUUGCUUAUCCUUGGUUUCAUGCUACAAUAUAAUUUAAUGAAACGGUACUGUAAACACAAGAAGCUGUGCUGUUCCACUUUCCUGUUGGUUUUCCAAGCAUCAACUCCAGCAGUUGUAUGGAUUGUUCUACUCUUCCUGGAUGGUGAUUACUAUUCCUGCUCAAAAUUAAUUGGUAAAAAUGAAACUCAAUGCGGGUCGAAAUGCAAUGAGGAGCCCCGUGCAACCGGACACUACCACCACUGCAUUACAUCACAACUCAUCGGUGGUGUGGUGCUGGUCUCAUUUUUGAUGGUAUUAUUCAUCAUUCACUGUUUACGAUGCAAAUAUAAUGACCAUGACAUGGAAUAUAAGGUGGAGUUUGAGCACAUGUGCGAAACGGAGAAGGGUAACCUGGUGAGGGAGAAAUUGAAAGACGAAGCACUGAAGCACGCACAAAAACAAUGUGGAAAAACAUUGUUUGGACUAUUCCCCAGCAAAGCGUCUUCUCGUUCUGCAGCUCAAACAUGUUCAAUCCAGGAAGCUUCUCCACUGGAUGAAAGCGAAACAAAUUUUUGAAGAAUAAUUCGCAACACACCCAGCAGCUAGCAGAACGGGCUUUAUGAUGAAGAGGCCCAUCACGAAUUAAUCUUGCAAUGAACAGUUCGCAAAAGAUCAAUUUCCAAUUUCAUUCUGUGUGAAGGGAGGAGGAUCCAAAAUGAGAUCUCUCCUCACAUACUGAAUGCCAAAAUUCAGAAAUUGAUCUUUAACAAAUUGUUAAAUACAAAUCGAAAUGUUUUAAUAUACUACAUUGAAUAAUCAGAAACUGAGAAAUUAAUUUCAAGGGCAAUUUAUGACAUCAUUUCCUAAAAUCUCUGUUGUAUGUACAUUGACAGUAGAUAUAAAAAUUCAAUAAUCGAUCAACUGUGAAUACAAUCAACUAAGACUGCCAGGGCUCAACGUAUUUUCCUGUAACCCAUCUACAGGGCUCAACGUAUUUUCCUGUAACUCAUCUACAGGAAGUAAAGGAGCAAGUCUGCAAUUAAAUUAUAGAGAGGUGUAACCCUUCUAGAAUACUUACGAUGAUGGAUUGUAAUUACCUGAAGAAAGAUGGGAUACUGUAAUGUUGAUGUCAGAGAGGGGUAGGUCUUUCAGGUUGUGUUCAAGAGAAUUUUGUACAGUGUGUCCAAUCCAACAAGAAGUCAAUCACUGCCAAAUAUGUUUCCUGGCAAUGAGGUGGGGCAAGUAGAUUGAAUUACGUGGGCGAACAGUUUAACCAUCAUAACAUAAAACUUCGGAUGAAGGUGCAAAAGAACAAUAUCCAAUCCAAGUGGGAAUAAGUAACUCAGAGAAAGUUAACUUCAAUGGGGACAAAGGCAGAGGGAGCCUGGAUGGGCCUGAAAUUCUGAAGGAACAAAACUAGCUGAACAAUGGGCUACCUUCAAAAAGGAGAUGGCUUGGUUAUAGUCAAGGUAUAGCCCCUAAAUCGAAAGAGUUAGGGCAUACUAACCCAGUGCUCCUUUUGGGAAAAAGGAGAAAACAUGAUGAGACAUAAGCCUGUCAACAUGCCGGAACAGCGACUCUGCUGUGAGUACUGUAUGAGUGUUGUUUUGGGAUGGCACACAAGGUGUCAAUAGAGUAUUACAGCAUAGAAAGAGACGCUUUGGCCCAUCAUGUCUAUGCUGCUCAUCAAGCACCUAUCUACUGUUUGCCAGCACUUGGUCCUUAGCCUUGCAUGCUUUAGCGUUUCAAGUGUAUAGCGAUAUAUUUCUUAAAUGUUGUGAUGGUUCCCGACACAGCUACCCUUUAAGGUAUUUCCAGAUUGCCAACACCCACUGGAUGGAAAAAAGUUCUCUUUAGAUCCACUAAAUCUGCUGGCACUUACCUUAAAUCUGUGUCUCCUGGGAAUUAGCUCCUUUAUGAAGAAUAAAUUCAUAUUGAACUUGCCUAUUCCACCCGUAAAUUUGAACAGAUCGCAUUCGAGAGAGAGGUGACUGCGGUUGGUUUGAAUUGAAGGUCAGCAUGCCUCAGGCUAGGGGAGAGGCUAAAAAGGUGAGUCCUUCAUAGGAACAUCAAUUGGUGCAGGAACUGAACCCAAGAAAUUGCCAUCACAUCGUAUUGCAAGCCAGCAGUUAAGUCAACUCAACUCACUGACCUCCUUCACUUUAAUGUACCAGCAGUGGAUUUCGGUGACGAUACAGAUGCUAUUUUACUUUUCAAUUUACGACAAAGUGUUUUGCGAUAAAUUGAAUUAAGCUUCAACUGUGUGUUUAAAAAUCUUUGAAUUUGUUUUG